GACGUCAGAGUCACCCAGCUGGCUCCUCCAUCAGAACAGCAGGGAGAGCCUCUCCCAGAGGGAGACAUCACCGUCCACGGCCGAUCCUCCCCGGCAGCAUCGGCAGGAAACGGAUACAGUUAUGGGAGCGGCGGUGUUUUAGAGGCUUCUGAGGCGCGGACUCAAGUCGCGGGUUUUUUAAUUUUGUGUUUAUUUUUUAUAUUUUUCGCCCCUCCCCUCCCUCCCUCCUGCUAUGGCCGGGCUCCAUGGCUGCCGCUGAGACAGGUGCAGCAUCAUCGUUCCUCGGCAUGGACUCGGCCGCGGCCGAACCCCGGCCACUGCGCAUCCACGUGAGCUCCACGGGAGGGGGGCGAUAGAGUGGGCCGCGACGAGACCGGAGGACCUAAAUCCAAACAUUUAUCAGCUUUUUUUCCCUAUUGUCAAGGUUAUGCACGCGCACUGCAGCGGCUGCUCCGACAUGGCAUUUCUGUGGUUCAUCUGAGCCAGGACUGUGAUUGAAUACCACCCCCCCAUUCCUCCCUGUUGGGCGGAUUCAAACCCCCUGACAGCCUCGCCUUCCUGACCGGAAAAAUCAGCCUCAUCUGGACCAGAGGAGCCGGCUCCAGCUGCCAAGAUGAUGGAGAUAGACGAGGUGGUGUACCAGGACGACUACGGCUCCGGCACCGUCAUGUCGGAGCGGGUGUCGGGCCUGGCGAACAGCAUCUACCGGGAGUUCGAGCGGCUGAUCCGCAGCUACGACGAGGAGGUGGUGAAGGAGCUGAUGCCGCUUGUGGUCAACGUGCUGGAAAACCUGGACGCGGUGCUGACGGAGAACCAGGAGCACGAGGUGGAGCUGGAGCUGCUCAAGGAGGACAACGAGCAGCUCAUUACCCAGUAUGAGAGGGAGAAAGCGCUGCGUAAACAGGCAGAGGAGAAAUUUAUUGAAUUUGAGGAUGCUCUGGAAGCGGAGAAGAAGGACCUGCAGAUACAGGUGGAGUGUCUGGAGUUGCAAGGAAAACAGUUGGAGCUCAAGACAAAAAACUACUCAGACCAGAUUACGCGACUAGAAGAAAGGGAGUCAGACCUGAAGAAAGAAUACAACGCUCUUCACCAGCGCCACACUGAGAUGAUUCAGACGUACGUGGAGCACAUAGAACGAUCCAAACUGCAGCAGGCAGGGAGCAACAGCCAGUCAGAAGGUCCCGGCUGUGGACGAACUCAACGCCACACAUGGAGGAAGAGCAGCAAAGCGGAGCGCCCGCCUUCGUUGAGCCUGUACCCCAGCGGAGAGGGAAUGGUACGUGGGGGUCUCGGGGGGGCUAGGAUGGUGCCCGGGAAAGACAUCUGGCAGGUCAGCGAGCUCGGCUGCGCAACAUUCAGCUCUGCCUACCAGGAGGAUGGAUCCGAGUCUGACUCGGUGGCAGCGACACCCAGCAGCACCGGCAGCAAGUCCAACACACCCACCUCCUCUGUCCCCUCCGCCACGGUCACCCCUAUCAACGAAGGGUUCCUGCUGCAGUCGGACUUUGACAUGGCGCCUGCUGGGAACAGAAGGAAAAGCGGCAAGCGUUUAAGUCGGAACAUGGAGGUGCAGGUUUCCCAGGAAACCAGGAAUGUCAGCAUUGGUAUGGGGAGCAGUGACGAGUGGUCAGAGUUUCAGGAAAUCAUUGAUUCCACUCCAGAGCUGGAACACACCGUGUAUGGAGGAGGAAACAGUCCCUGUCAGGGCAUAGUCAAUGAGGCUUUUGGCAUCAACACCGACUCUCUGUACCAUGAGAUCAAAGACGCCAAAUCGGACAUCAUCGGGGAUGUGGACGCUGGCGCCGAACUGCUGGGCGAGUUCUCAGUCCGUGAUGAUUUCUUCGGGAUGGGCAAGGAGGUGGAGAAUCUUCUGACGGAGAACAAGCAGCUUCUAGAGACCAAAAAUGCUCUCAACAUCGUGAAAAACGAUCUUAUCGCCAAAGUAGACGAGCUGUCAGGGGAGCAGGAGGUGCUGAGGGAGGAGCUGGAAGCCGUGCGGCAAUCCAAGAACAAAGUUGAUGCCAGAAUCAAGGAGUUGGAGGAAGAAAUUAAGAGGUUAAAAGCAGAAGCUCUCGGAGCGUCUCGGGACUCCAAGGAUGAAGGAGAUGAUUUUUCAUCACCCAUUCAAGACGGAGACAUGACUAUGACCCAGCGGCGCCGCUUUACCCGAGUGGAGAUGGCCCGUGUGCUGAUGGAGAGGAACCAGUACAAAGAGAGGCUGAUGGAGCUCCAAGAGGCUGUUCGGUGGACAGAGAUGAUCAGAGCAUCCAGGGAAAGUCCGCCGAUCCAGGAGAAAAAGAAGUCCACCAUCUGGCAGUUCUUUGCCCGCCUCUUCAGCUCAUCCUCCAGCCCUCCGCCUGUGAAGCGGCCGUAUUACAGCGUCAACAUCCAUUACAAGUCUCCGUCGCCGGCUGGAUUUACGCAGCGACGCAGCCACACCAUGUGCCAGAUCUCCACCUCCAACCGCACCCUGGAGUUCUUCCCUGAAGAACUGGCCAGUAACGGUGUUGCGUCUCUCCUCAGUGACUCGGCACUGUUGGCCCGCCGAGAACAGCGGCGUGAGCAGUACAGGCAGGUGCGAGAGCACAUGCGCCGCGAUGAUGGCAUCAUGCAGGCCUGCGGCUGGAGUGUGCCAUCUCGCCUCAAACAGACUGGUGGUCAGAUGGACAGCGCUCAGGACAGCCCACUGAAGAGACAACAGACCACCAAUGACAAAGAGGAUAACCGCAUGAAGAAUGUUCCUGUCCCGGUGUACUGUCGCCCCCUAGUGGAGAAAGAUCCCAACAGGAAGUUGUGGUGUGCAGCAGGGGUGGACUUGACCGGUUGGAGGGCCAGCAGUCCUGGGAUGGGAUCUGCCAAAUCCCUGUCAGGCAGCAGUGACCCCCUGCAGGCUGACGAGGAUGCAUCCGACAAGAAGAACAACCACACGUCCCCCGAAAAGAAAAAGACAAAGGAGCUUCAGGAGACGGACAGCAUGAACAGUCGAGUGUGGAUUCUCACCAGCACCCACUCUGCCAGCAAGGUGGUCAUCAUCGACGCCAACCAGCCCGGGUCACUGGUCGACCAGUUCAACGUCUGCAACGCUCACGUCCUCUGCAUCUCCAGCGUACCAGCUGCAAGUGAAAGUGAUUAUCCAGCUGGGGAGAUCGUGUUAGAUCCAGGUGAUGGGGUUGCGGGGGCUGGAGACGAUGCCAGUGGGGUGGAGGGCAUGUUGGCCGGCAUCACGCUCGUCGGCUGCGCCACCAACUGCAGCGUUGCCCGGAGCAACUGCUCCUCGCGGACCGACACGCCAAUAAUGGACAAAGGACAAGCCCCCACUGCUCCCCCCACGAACGGGAAGAUUCACCCCGCCCAGUCAGCUGAGGAAGCCACGGAGGCCACAGAGGUUCCUGAAUCGACCGCUAACCCGGCGGAGAUGAGAUCUGGACCUCCAGGACCUUUUACGGAGCACGUCUUCACCGACCCCCAGCCUCGGCAUGCAGACGCCUUUGACAGGAGCUCAGGUCAGUCCAAAGAAGAAGCCUCUCAGCCCACAGAUUCAGAGGAUGGAAGCCAGGAAGCCAAGAACUACACCAGUGUGGCCCCGACCAUGUGGCUCGGAGCUCAGAACGGCUGGCUUUACGUCCAUUCAGCUGUUGGAAACUGGAAGAAAUGUCUCCAUUCCAUCAAACUCAAAGACUCAGUGCUCAGUUUGGUGCAUGUGAAAGGUCGGGUACUGGUUGCCCUAGCAGAUGGAACGCUAGCUAUAUUCCACAGAUCAGAGGAUGGUCAGUGGGAUUUGUCCAACUAUCACCUCAUGGACCUGGGGCGACCUCACCACUCCAUCCGCUGCAUGGCCGUCGUCCACGACAAAGUGUGGUGCGGCUACAAGAACAAGAUUCAUGUCAUUCAACCAAAAAGCAUGCAGAUCGAGAAAUCGUUCGACGCUCACCCUCGCAGGGAAAGCCAGGUGCGGCAGCUGGCGUGGAUUGGCGACGGGGUGUGGGUGUCUAUCCGGCUGGACUCCACCUUGCGGCUGUACCACGCGCACACACACCAACACCUCCAGGAUGUAGACAUCGAGCCGUACGUCAGCAAAAUGUUGGGAACCGGCAAGCUGGGAUUCUCCUUUGUGCGGAUCACAGCCCUUCUGAUUGGUGGGAAUCGCCUCUGGGUGGGAACUGGAAAUGGAGUGAUCAUCUCCAUCCCUCUGACGGAGACGGUGGUUCUACACCGGGGACAGCUCCUGGGUUUGAGGGCCAAUAAGGUGUCUCCCACAUCGGGUGGGGUGAUCCAUGUGUACGGGGAUGAUGGCUCUGAGAAGAGCAGCGGCAGCUUCAUCCCCUACUGCUCUAUGGCGCAGGCCCAGCUCUGUUUCCAUGGACACCGAGAUGCUGUCAAGUUUUUCGUCUCUGUACCGGGCAAUGUUUUGGCCACCCUAAACGGGAGUGUUCUGGACAGUCCAACAGAGGGACAGAGCUCCACAGCUCCCACUGAGAAUGAAGCUCAGAGUGUUCAGAAUGUGUUGGUGCUGAGUGGAGGAGAAGGUUACAUCGACUUUCGUAUAGGUGACGGGGAGGAUGAUGAGACAGAGGAAGGGGAGAGUGCCGGUGCCUCACAGAUGAAACCUGCUCUAAGCAAAGCCGAGCGAAGCCACAUCAUCGUCUGGCAGGUGUCUUAUAUACCUGAGUGACACCUUGAGCGGCUUUACCGCCCAUCCACCUCUUUUGCUAAAUAUCUUCCUACUCCUCAGAGGUUUUCAGCCUCCUAAACUGUGUAAUUAUCCCUGGUCAUGUUAAAGUUCUCCUUUGGCUCUAAAACAACCCUCCAAUCCAUGCAUUUGUCCUUGUAAUUAUUAUACCCCCGCAUCACUUUCUAACUUUAACGCCUCAUAUGUAAGUCCUCUGAUCUACUUAUCUGCCUGCCACCCUAAUUCUGCCCCACGGAGGGUAUUGUAACUGUCAUCAUGAGCCUUGUAUCCCAGCCUCCUCCUAACUACCUCCCUCCGCUGUAAUGAUCUUGUACUCGCCCUGUAAGCACACCGUAUUCCCUUCAUAGUUUCCUCAGCUGCCCCGCUCCAGCCCCAGAGCUGCUGCUCUCCACUCAGUUUGUCCACAUCUUCCUUUAAGCCCAACAUGAAUCAAUGAAAGGGAAAGAAAACAAGAGAAACGAUAUCUCUGCUUUGAAAAAUUCAAGCAUCCAUGGUUGGAUCGAGAUGUGAAACGUCAGGAAAUAUCAAAGAAAUCUGCAGCAGUUUGUAGAAAUUCAAAGGUCCUGUUAGAGGUGGCUUUGGUUGAUAACUUAUUCCCCUCUCUGUUACUACUGAUUGGACCGUUUGGUGUGAAGCAAGAGGAAGGCGGCAUGUUGUCAUGAUAUGUACAGGAAAUACUGUAAAUCUCUACUGAAGCCCAUCCACUUUGUUAAGUAUGGAAAUUUGUGCAUUGAUUUCUGUGUGGAUUAAAUAUUAAACUUAUUUGUGUGCCGAA